AUGUCGUUCAUCAUUGCCCUGACGAAGAGCAUUCCAGUCCAUGUAGACUACGAAGGUCAACGGCUUGCCGAGAGAAUAUUUCAGGUGAUCAUCACCGUCAUGGCGGUGAUUGGAUUCGCUGCCGGCUACAUUGUGCAGCGUUUCUCGUGGACCAUUUAUUCGGUGUUGUUCGGCUUUGUCUUGUCGUGCGCACUCAUUCUGCCUCCUUGGCCGUAUUUGCGAAGACAUCCGCUUCAGUGGCUAAAAUCUACCGAAGUCCCAUCAUCGGCAGAGAGUAAAAAGCGCAAAACGAAAUGA